CGCAACCACAUAUAGGAUAAACCCGUUACUAUAUAUAGACCAGUACGUUACAUAAGGGAAGUUGGACAAUUCCAUUCAACACGAUCUUGAUUCUGUACGUUACUUAUCUACUCAGUCGGCAUGAACUGAUGUCUAAUGUGGCGACUAACAACGACAAGGUCUCAUAGCAAGCAGACCUAAUUUCGUUUUUUUAAGGUGAGUUUGAAGUUAACUAAAGUUUUACAGCCCUACCAUUUCAUUCUAAUGUCUCCCUACCAUUUCAUUCUAAUGUCUCCCUACAUUUUCACACUAAUGUCUCCUUACCGUUAACAUUAAUGUCUUCUGACCGUUUCACACUUAUGUCUCCCUUCCAUUUCACACUAAUGUCUCCUUGCCGUUUCACACCUGAGUCUCCCUAUGGUAGACUCCUUGCCGUUUCACACAAAAGUCUCCCUACCAUUUAACACUUAAGUCUCCCUACCAUUUCACACUAAUGUCUCCUUACCAUUUCACACUAAUGUCUCCCUACCAUUUCACACUAAUGUCUCCCUUCCAUUUCACACUUAUGUCUCCUAACCAUUUCAUACUAAUGUCUCCUUGCCGUUUCACACUAAUGUCUCCCUACCAUUUCACACUUAUGUCUCCUAACUAUUUCACACUAAUGUCUCCCUACCAUUUCACACUAAUGUCUCCUACCAUUUCACACUAAUGUCUCCCUACCAUAUUUCACACUAAUGUCUCCUAACCAUUUCACCCUAAUGUCUCCUAACCAUUUCACACUAAUGUCCCCCUACCAUUUCACACUUAUGUCUCCUAACCAUUUCACACUAAUGUCUCCUUGCCGUUUCACACUCAUGUCUCGCUACCAUUUCACACUAAUGUCUUCUUACCAUUUCACACUUAUGUCUCCCUACCAUUUCACACUAAUGUCUCCCUACCAUUUCACACUUAUGUCUCCUAACCAUUUCACACUAAUGUCUCCCUACCAUUUCACAAUUAUGUCUCCUAACCAUUUCACACUAACGUCUCCUUGCCGUUUCACACUCAUGUCUCCCUACCAUUUCACACUAAUGUCUCCCUACCAUUUCACGCUAAUAUCUCCCUACCAUUUCACACUAAUGUCUCCUUACCAUUUCACACUAAUGUCUCCUUACCAUUUCACACUAAAGUCUCCCUACCAUUUCACACUUAAGUCUCCCUACCAUUUCACACUAAUGUCUCCCUACCAUUUCACGCUAAUAUCUCCCUACCAUUUCACACUAAUGUCUCCUUCCCGUUUAACACUUAAGUCUCCUAACCAUUUCACACUAAUGUCUCCUUGCCGUUUAACACUUAAGUCUCCCUACCAUUUCACACUAAUGUCUCCUUACCAUUUCACACUAAUGUCUCCCUACCAUUCCACAAUUAUGUCUCCUAACCAUUUCACACUAACGUCUCCUUGCCGUUUCACACUCAUGUCUCGCUACCAUUUCCCACUAAUGUCUUCUUACCAUUUCACACUUAUGUCUCCCUACCAUUUCACACUAAUGUCUUCUUGCCAUUUCACACUAAUGUCUCCCUACCAUUUCACACUAAUAUCUCCCUACCAUUUCACACUAAUGUCACCUAACCAUUUCACACUAAUGUCUCCUUGCCGUUUCACACUCGUGUCUCCCUACCAUUUCACACUCAUGUCUCCCUACCAUUUCACACUAAUGUCUCCCUUCCAUUUCACACUAAUGUCUUCUGACCGUUUCACACUUGAGUCUCUCUAUGGUAGACUCAAUGCCGUUUCACACUCAUGUCUCUCUACCAUUUCACACUUAUGUCUCUUUACCAUUUCACACUAAUGUUUCCCUUCCAUUUCACACUAAUGACUUCUGACCGUUUCACACUGAAGUCUCCCUUCCAUUUCACACUAAUGUCUCCUGACCGUUAAACACUAACGUCUCCUUGCCAUUUCACACUUAUUCUCCCUACCAUUUCACACUAACGUCUCCUUGCCGUUUCACACUUAAGUCUACCUACCAUUUCACACUAAUGUCUCCUUGCCGUUUCACACUAAUGUUUCCCUUCCAUAUUCACACUAAUCUCUUCUGACCAUUUCACACUAAUGUCUCCUUACCAUUUCACACUCAUGUCUCCCUACCAUAUCACACUCAUGUCUCCCUACCAUUUCACACUAAUGUCUCCUAACCAUUUCACACUAAUGUCUUCUUACCAUUUCACACUAAUGUCUUCUGACCGUUUCACACCUGAGUCUCCCUAUGGUAGACUCCUUGCCGUUUCACACUCAUGUCUCCCUUCCAUUUCCCACUAAUGUCUCCUUGCCGUUUCACACUAUUGUCUCCCUACCAUUUCAUACUAAUGCCUCCCUCCCAUUUCACACUAAUG